UUAAUCUUACGUUAAACAAUAGGUUCUUUCGUUUCGCUAACGCUUAUAUUAUUCAAAAACGAAUAUAACAAAAACAUCUCAGGAUUUAUUAAACUCUGGUAAGAGAAAGAGACAACUUAACAGGUACUCCUCCAUGACAGAUGUUUAUCAUCAAAAAUUUACUAUGAUUAACCCUGAGUUUAAAGUUCUAAUUAUUUUGGGGAUUUCGUUGGCCUGUUCAAGUCUUGUGGCUGGUCAAGUAGGAUGUUUAGAAGAAUGCGGUGGACUUGAAUCUUGCUUGACUCCGGCUAAUUUUACUCACUUCAGGCAAUGUUCAUCAGUAGGGGGAGCAUGUUCCUGUGUACUUUUGAUGUGCUCAUUCGGCACAUGUUUUAAUCCAGCGGCGGGUGUGUGCGACACAAUGUCUAAAGGACUUUGUGACAACGAUCCCUGUGCCAGAUUUGAAAUGGGCUACACCUACCCCAGCAUGUUUAACUGCAGAAGCUUCUAUCAGUGUAACAGGGCUGGACGUUCUGUUCCAAUGUGUUGUGCAGACGACUUCAGAUACGAUGACAUCACUAAAGAAUGUGUACUCGACAGAAGCUGUAAUAUUUCAUGCAGUCAACGUGAAGGCCAAGAUUAUUCUCGUCUAAGCCAGGAACAGCUGAUGCGAACAGACCCAUACGAAUGUGUAUUGAGGAGAGUCCCUGGAAAACCUGAUAAAUAUUACAACGAAGUAGCUAAACUGGAAAUGGAUUGCGCAGAAUCAACAUUUUACAGUCCCGAGAAAUGUGCCUGUGACGUUGUAGCGGGGGCUAACAACCUACUUCGUCCAAGAGGUUGUCGUCCCGUGUUAGAUGUGGAUUUUUCAGGGAGUACGGUGAAGAACAUUGGAACAGCUUACCUCAACGUCAGGAACGUUAAUAUCACAUCCUCUGGAAGACCGGGUGUAAAUAUUGGACAGUUCAACGGAGUGAAUUCUUUCAUAGGACUACCUCAACUCAACGGUGUUGCUUUAGACAGACUAUUUAUCCGUUUCCGGUUCUUUAGCUCGCCAUCCAGUGCAGGGGGCGGAGAGUCUCCUGUAGCAGACCAGGUUCUUUUUUCUAACUGCGAUGCCUCUUUAGCUGUACCAGAACAAGACAUCUACAACAGAUAUUCCCUUGCCAUCAUAUUAAAUCAGCCAUCAAGUACCUUGUCGUUUAUUGCGGAGUCAGAUGCCGCUCAGAAAGCACUAAUUCGGCUACCCUUUGCGGAUGGUGCAUGGAACAAUGUAGAAAUGAUAUAUGACGGAGAGGCACUGACUGCCCGUGUCAUGUCUAUCACGGCUGAUGGAACUAAUUUUGAAGAGACGGACACUAAGCCCCUAAAUGGAAAUCUAGUUGCCGCAAGGCGAGAUCCAAGAAUAGGAAGCUGUAGUAUAGAUGAUGCUUUCCUUGGUUACUUUGAUUUGGUAAAGCUAUUUAGAUGCAUUCCCAUGCGACGUAACCCGCCUAUGGUUUCUGAGACUAAUCACUGUUCAUCAUCUUCACCAUCACUGUUCAUCAUCAAUCACUGUUCAUCAUCUUCACAUUUUUUCAUCAUGAAGAAACAAAUGGGCAUGCGUUUUUUGGGAGAAGUAUCGGUGAAGACUCUUCGGUAUUUUAUUUACACCAUUUGUGUCUCUCUGCUAUACGCACAAGAUCUUCCAGUGGUUACUUUUUCUCAAAAUCCUUACAACGUGAUUCAAGGAAAUGACGUCACAGUUCUGUGUCUCGUGGACUCUCCUAACUCUCCGAUAGAGGAGGUCAACUGGAUGAAAAAUGACGCAUCAUUACCAACAGAUGACAGAUACACCGUGAACACUGGAGCCGGCAAAAGGUCCAGUGAUCUAGUUAUCAAAAACGCCAAUCCCCUUGAUGAGGGAACCUACACGUGCAGUGCUAGGAAUGGGGUCGGUCUUGGAUCAAUGGACACGCUUCUCUCAGUAACUACAAAUGUCGCUACGGGCGAUGUCGAUCCAUUUGGAGGUGGUCAAUUUGAUGUUUUUAGUGGAAUCCAGGGAGACAGAGUUGAGUCGGGGUCAAAUAUCGUCAACGGGGAAAAUUUUAAUGUCUUUGGAGACGGAUUGGGGAGUCAACUCAGUGGCAUGACAGGAAGCCUAUCUUCUCCCGGAGCAUCUUCAGUGGUAGAUAAUCCUCCUUCUCAGGUAGAUAUCGGCAGCCCCUCCGUGGACCAAGUGACGUCAGCUGUGGACCAAGUGACGUCAGGCACCAGUUCUGUAGAUACAAUAACCACUCCCAUUGUAGAAGGCGCCAUUACAAAUCAAGCCUCUGUUGCGGAAACUACGGGAACUGGAGAUGUAGCAGUCACAACUGAUAUGGGUGUUUUAAAUCCUGCCGAGUCGACAUCAGAACCUGUUGUGGCUGCUGGGGAAACUCCUGACCUCGUGAAAUCGAAUGCAAAUCCUCUUGUAGUUGGAGAAGAAACCCCUACCAUGUUGAACUCAAACGCUACUCCUGUUGUAGUUGAAGAAAAUAAGUCUAGGACAUGGGACGUGAAUAAGCCCGAGACUCAAGAGGCCCCGGCUCCCAGAAGAGAUAGAAUUAUAGGAGGGAUCGGAGGCGGUGGCUUUAACAAAAACGAUAAUAAAGUGGGAUCUUGUGCUUCUGAAUGCCGUACAAACACUGAUUCUUGUUACCGACCUGUAAACUGUACCCACUACGAGACUUGUUUUGCACAAAGAGACAGUCGUUGUGAAUGUACAAAGAUUCGAUGUGCAUUUGGUACCUUCUGGGAACCACAAAUCAACAAUUGUGCCGCUGUAACUACUGUACAAUGUGAAUCAGAUCCCUGCUUGAAAAUGAAGCCUACAGAGACCUACUCCAGUGGUAUUAACUGUAGGAGUUACUACAGCUGUACUUGGCAGAACACAUCUCUACCUCAAUGCUGCGAUAAAGGGUUUGCUUUUGACGAGGCAUCAGGGAGGUGUGUGGCUGAUGAGAACUGCUAUAUACCGUGCUCGGUAGAGUCUGCCAAUUUCGAUAGAUUGCAAGUGACAACAAAGGCACCGAAAUACGAGUGCUUCUUCCGUCCAGUAAAAGGUAAACCGACUAAGUAUUGGAAUGAGGGAGCGAAUCAGGAACAGGAUUGUGCCCCUCCUCUUGUUUACAGACCGGAUAUUUGCGUAUGUGGUAACCCUCUUCAAACUGACCAAGCUCCAAAGGCCAUCAAACCACCAAAAAGGAAGUGCGACCCCGCAGUUCUCGUAGAUUUUACGGGUAACUCCGUCGUGAACAAAUCACCAAGUCGAAUUUGGAUCGAGUCAACUUAUACACAAAUCACGAGAUCCAAGAAAGGAGCUCAAUACGGUCGUUUUAAUGGGAUUUCCCGAAUAGCCAUUCCUUAUUUAUCCGGGAAGGCCAUUCCUAGCUUGGUUGUGCGUCUUAGGUUUUUCUCUACUGGUGCUUCCGGUCCAGAUUCACAAGUGUUGCUCUCCAACUGUGAAACACAGACUGUCAAAUGGAAUUCCCCGGAAAUAAACAAGGACCUUUCUCCUUCUAUAGCCAUUAUUCUGAAUCGUAAGAUGAACAAGCUGAUAUUUUUAGGGUCAACAGAAGACAGAGCAUCUGAACAAGCCCUAAUGCUUUUACCUUAUGUGAAAAAGACUUGGAAUAACGUAGAAGUCCUGUUUGAUGGGUCUGAGUUAUCAGCAAGGGUACGAGUAGCCACUCCAGAUAAACAAGCUCUAGAAUUUAAAAAUUCAACAGUACUUACAGGUCGACUAACCCCUGCUCAGAAAGCUAUGCAAAUCGGUCGUUGCAAUGAUCAAGAUGGCUUCUUCGGCUUCAUAGACAUGAUCAAGAUCUUUGAUUGCAUUCCUUGAAAAGUGCCUAAUUUAUAACAUUUUAGGUGUUUUGUACAUAAAUACUCUUUUGUAAUUAAAAAUACAAUGUUCUCUAUUUAUUUUCAAGCAUUGUGUAAAUUUUCCAUACAUAUGUCGCAUGUAUCAAUUAAAUCAUGACAUUUUUGUCAUUCAUCUAUUAUUUACA